AUGGAAUUUGUGAGUAGAUGGUGGAGCGAGAGUGGUGAGAGUGGUGAGAAUGGCAGCAACGGCGACUACACCAAACCACCCAAAUACAAUGCCAGCAUGGAUACGCCCAGGGAUCUGCCCAGCGUCGGCACAGACGAGAGUGACAAGGAGAAAGAGAAAGAGAAGCAAGCCAACUACUCGCCGUACACACCGUAUACACUAGCCCCAGAUUCAGGCACAGAUUCCGCUCAGCACGUCGACAUGCGCAGACGAAUAGGACAAACGAGUCUGGAGAACUGCAGUGUGAUAGAAGGAAUGUUGUCCGAGUGUAUAAACCGGGGAUCUUUCAAGGAUAAGCGGGUAAGGGGAUGUGACUGGCUGAGAGAGCAGUUUUACGCUUGCUUGGGGGAGCAGCGCCAUGCACUGACUGAAUUGGGAUACGCCUUACCCCAGAAUACACCCCAGAAAGACGAUAAGAUACGCAGCCUGGCUGACAGACUCGCUCAGGACAGAGAGAAGGAAGCUGAGGAGGGUAGAGUGCCUUUGAAGGAGAAGACCAAGUAG